UGUCCAGAUUGCGGAGACCCUUUUCUUCUUUGAAGGCGGCUUUUUCGUCCAAAGGUUCAAGAAAGUUAUCAGACAAUGCGGAGCUUAAGAAUACAAUCAGUGAGUCUCGGAGUUCAAUGAGUGGUGAUUCCUCUUUGGAUGAGGGUGAGGAUGAUUUUCUACGGCAGCUGAAACAGAGAUGCUGGCGACACUGUUUGAAACAGAACGGCUACUUCUACGAUUGGAUCACAAAAGAAAGCCCACCGCUCUCCGACGGUGAGGUGAUCGAAGAACAACAUUGCGUGUCGGAGCCGCGUCUCGUAUGCGUUUGUCGAAUGUCGACACCGCUCUCUAACAUGAUUUCAAGAUUGCGCCUUAAACCUAAAUCAUAUCAAGCGAAGAACGGGGGGAUAAAUAAGACGAAAAUCCUCCGUCUUUUCGAGAAGAAGAAAGUGCCGGUUUACAGCACAUUGGAUUUGCAAAUGUUUACCAAGGACAGUUUUAAGGAUCAUGGCGUGGCGUACAACGAGAGAAGCAAGAGAGAGGUGGACAAGAGGCUGAUGGAAGAGGCGAGAAUGAGAGCAGAGAGGGAGAAAGCCCAAGCAACCAGACGUGGAAGUUCACCCGAACGCGAUGUCCUAGAGGAUGAGGAUGAUGAAGGGCGUAGCUCAAAGGACAUAUCGUGGAGAGACUUGGAAAGUAGUCCGCUAAGAAGUCCAGGAGGCAGUCCAGGAGGCAGUCCACGGCGAAGCCCACUGAAUCGACACGAAAAUUCCUUAGUGACGAAGCGAUAUGAUGGAAAUAAAUAA